CUCGCUGCGAGACCCCGAAGCCCCGGCGCUCAGGGGGGAGCCUCCUGCCCUGCCCCCCGUAUCGCCUCGGUGCCGCCUCAACCGGGACCGGCCUCUGCUGAGGUGGAAGCCGCUCGGGCCGAGGGGACCGACCGCGUGCCUGCUGCCAGCGUGACAGAGGUUGUUAAAACUCAGCAAGAAGAAGGCCUAGAGAGGUACCUUUUCUUCAUCCCCUGAUGUCUUCAGAUUUAGCUACAUUGUGAAUUGCUGAAGUACCUGCUGGCUGUUGUGCUUUUCCUGGAAAAUGUUGGUAGUGCCUCAGAACAACUGACUGCAGCUGCGACAGCAGCACUGCCAUCUCUCCUUGAAAAUACUUGUGCUGCAGAACAAAUAGAACUGCUGAACUCCCACAAAACGGGCAUCGCUCGUACUCACGUGGCAGCUCAGCCAGUACCAUGUGCUGUCUGGUUUCAGUUCCGAGAGGCAGAAAAAAAAAGGCACCCUGAAACUGCUAACUGAUGCCCUCAGGCACGUUAUCUGGAAAAUUUGAGAAUGGAUUAACUAUAUUUUACAUUAUUGCAAGUUUACGGGACAUGAAGUAAAGCCUUGGAAAUGACACUACAAAUGAUAAAGCUCAUCUUAGAAGGCUAGAACUUCUGUGCAAAAGAGCUGGAAUCAGUUAAAUACUGUAACCACUGCUGAUUGGGUUGCAUCCUCCAACAUGACCAGUCCUCAGCCUACAAUAGAAGGCAGUGUUUCAGAAGUUGAGAUAAUUUCGCAACAAGUGGAAGAAGAGACCAAAAGCAUUGCUCCUGUACAGCUUGUGAAUUUUGCCUAUCGAGAUCUCCCAUUAGCUGCACUUGAUCUGUCUGUGGCUGGGUCCCAGCUUUUGUCAAAUUUGGAUGAGGAGUACCAAAGAGAAGGAUCUAACUGGCUAAAACCGUGCUGUGGGAGACGAGCAGCUGUGUGGCAGGUAUUUUUGCUCAGUGCAAGUCUCAACAGUUUCCUGGUAGCCUGUGUAGUGUUGGUGGUGAUUCUUCUGACUCUGGAACUCCUAAUAGAUAUAAAGCUUCUCCAGUUUUCAAGUGCUUCACAGUUUGCAGGAGUAAUUCACUGGAUCAGCCUAGUCAUCCUGUCUGUUUUCUUUUCAGAGGCACGCACAGUAAAAAUAUUAAGAACUGCUCUGGGUGUCUUCGUUACAGAUCCGGUGCAAUACAGAUAUCUCUUAAAUCAGGUGUUUGAUGGUGCUGUCAUAAUCUUGUCCUUGGCACCAAUGGUGGCCUCGACAGUGGCUAAUGGCCCCAACAGCCCAUGGGAUGCUAUCAGCCUUAUUAUCACAUUACGAAUAUGGAGAGUGAAGAGGAUCAUUGAUGCCUAUGUCCUUCCAGUGAAAGUGGAGAUGGAGAUGAUGAUUCAGCAAUAUGAGAAGGCAAAGGUUAUUCAAGAUGAACAGCUGGAAAGACUAACCCAGAUCUGCCAAGAACAAGGGUUUGAGAUCAGACAGCUGAGGGCCCACCUUGCUCAGCAAGAUUUGGACCUGGCUGCAGAGAGAGAGGCUGCGCUGCAGGUCCCCCACGUACUGAACAAACAGAGCAGCAACAGAUACAAGGUGGUGGCAACUGAAGAUUCAGACGAUGAAGGCACUGAGAACAUCACUGAGUUGCAGACUCCACGAGAGGAUGACAUGAAUAAUUACAUCAGUCGGUACUACAAUGAACCUAGCAGUGACAGCGCCAUUCCCGAGGCAGCCGUCUGCGUCGUUACCACUGCCGCCAUUGACGUCCAUCACCCCAACAUCUCUUCCGACAUGUUCACCGUGGAGGUGCCGCUGCGGCUGAACAGCACCGGGACGUCUGCCAGCAUCACCUCGGGCAGCGCGUCCCGCUCCACCGUCAGCUCCGGUACCCAGGCGUGCAGUGAGAGCAGCCAGACGCUGGGCUCCUCCCCAGAGUGCAGCGUGACCUGUGAGGAUGCUGCAGAGGCUGGCACCAGGCCGCGGGCUGACCACAUGUGCACCGAGCAGCAGGUGGCACAAGCCAUGGUGCAGGAGCUACUCUCCUCCCUGUCGGAAGAGGUCUGCCUGGCUCAGAGGAGUCUGGACCCCGUCAACCUGAAGCUGCCCAGCCCAGGAGACUCAGUGAGGGCCAGCCCCAGCCUGGGCCACCGGCUCACUAUCUACAACCGCAGGAACCAGGACAGCCUUGAUGUCUUCCAGCUCAAACCGCUCAUCGACUGUCCACAGGGGGCCCCAGUCAUUGAUGAGAAAUACGCAGCACUGGGGCACCCUGAGCCACCGCUGGGCAAGGUCCCAAAGGCAUAAGAAGAGCUGCAGGGACAUGCUCACUGUGCGGGCAUGCUCACAGUGCUGAGGCAUCAGGCUGCUGCAGGCAACACCCCGAUAUUGGAGGCAACCCAGAGCAGCUCCUGGAGUGGCUGCCAGCCCUGCGCCAGGCCAGCGCCUCCCCACUGGUGUCCACAGGACCCAACCACCCCACCCACCUCCAUAUCUGGGCCAGCCCAGACCUACGGUGUCCUUCGGGCACACACAGUGGACCUCCCAGCCAUCUUCAGCCCACAUGGACCCACAGUACCUGGUGGGGGGGAGAACAGACUGCAGCCCUGUCCUGCCCUCAGCCUGGUCCCAGCCCCAAGGUACACGGACCGUCCCCUGCUUCAGAGCCACAGGGCAGGACAGAGCCAGUGGCCAGCCUGGGCCCAACCUGGCCUCCUAGCUUGCCAUCCUUCCGGCCAGGGGGCUGAACAUAGCUGGGAGGGAGUAAGGAUGGCAAUAAACACUGAUAAACAC